UUGGCCUCCCAAAGUGCUGGGAUUACAGGAGUGAGCCAUUGUGCUGGAGAUGUGUGUUUCUAGUGGCUGAUGCUAUCACACACAGAUAUACAAGUGACAUAAAGCGUCUUCAUAUAAGUGGCUAAAGGAUAAAAAAAAGUAGUUAAGAGAUAUAGAGAUGAACCAAGGGUGAUACAGGGUAUCUGUGCACAUCAUGGAGGCCUGGGAUCCCCUGCCACCAACCUCAGGGUCAGGUAAGGCCUCAGAAGCCUGACCAUGGAAGCAGCAGCAAUAAUCUCGAAGCAGUGGCCGAUGGCCAUACAGGCUGUGAGAGGGAAGAGCAUGCUGUCCCAAGAGCACUGCAUACUGCAGCAUGUACGGGGGAUCUCUGUGAACCUUCUCAAUGACUCAGGAGGGACUCCAGAGUGGGGAGAUUUCCAUGGCCCCAUUUUCAACAAUGGUCCUCGAUUUACAUGGCUAGGAAAACAUAUGUUAUAAGAUAGGAAAGAAAUCUCCCCCCAAGGUAAAUACCCAUUUGGUGAAAGCCCACACAGGGACACUUACAGGGAGAAUCUUCUCAGAAAGCACAGCAGAGCCUCAGGGCCACCCUUUGCUCCUGGUCUGCUCAGGAACUAAACAGAAUACAAGGUGGAGUGACUCCCAGCUGGCUGAGUGCUCUUUUUAGAAAGCCAAGCCAGUUUUCUCUUGACCCAGCCCAAGGUUAGCCUUGAGAAUUUCAUAAAGGCUUAAAUAGCCUCAGGAAUUCAGUCACAAUGCAUGACUAAUUGGUAACUUGACCUGGAGAUAAUUUGUAGGUUUGAAUCCUCCCUGGAUGGACCCUGGAAUCCAGUUUGGUGUGGAUGCCAAGAGUUAUACAUGGGAAAAUCCAAAACUUUGUGUCUGCCUACACCUCAGCCUCGCACAGCAGUGAGGAAGGUACACAGGUGACCAGGCACAGUGAACGGCUCAAGGGAGCAGGAGUCUAGCUGUACCUAGGCCUGUAUGAGGGCAGGACUGGCCUUGGGGGCACAGGAUACCAUGCUAGCCAAAGCCUCAGUCUUUGACCUGUGCCCCAAGUCUGACUGCAUCAUUAGAGGCCACACAGUUCUCAAACAAAGUCAAUAUCAAAAGUGAUUCUUUUGGGGCAGUGGCAUAUAGCAGGUUAAAGGUACAAGUUGAGGAGUCAGACAGAUCUGAGUUCUAAUCCAGACUUCUCUGAGAUGCCAUUUUGAGCAAAUUAGUCACUGUGUCUGUGUCUUAGUUUCCUUCACUGUGAAAUAGUAUGAAAUGUUAUAUUGAUCCCUGACCCUGGUCUCUGUUACAGAGCUCCUAAAACCCUUGUAAUUUCCUGAGCAACAAGCAUGCCAGGAGAACCUUUUGUUCUGAUGUUUGGUCUCCGCUCAGGUUCUGAGAAAGAGCUCCUAAUGAUCCCGCAGGUAUGGGUAACAGGGGGAUCCUUUGUUCUAGUAUUUGGCUUUUGACCUCAAUUCCUAACAAAGAGCUCCUAAAUUCCUAGAAACUUCCUGGUGAUAGGAACAUCUCUUAUUGUAAUGAGGCAAUUCUUAGUGGGCUCCUGGAUAGGAACUGGCCACUAGAAAGACCAAGCCAUAGUUAGAAGCUUGGAGCUUUCAGCCCUACUCACCACGCACCAGAAAGAGAGCAGCUAGAAGUGGACUUAAUAAUUCAUUAUGCUUACAUGAUAAAUCCUUCAUAAAAAUGCCUGAACUAUGGGGCUCAGAGAACUUCCAGAUUGGCAAGCAAAUCCCCAUGCAGGGAGGGUGGUGUACCCCAACUCCACAGGGACAAACCUCCUGGGCUUGGGACUCUGCCAGACCUUGCCUGUGUAUGUCUUCAUCUAGCGGUUUUUCUGUAUCUUUUAUUGUAUUUCUUAAUAAACUGGUAAACAUAAGUAAAGCAUUUCUCUGAGUUCUGUGAGCCAUCCUAGGAAAUCUCCAAUUGGCUGUUGGUAUAUUUAUGAUAUCAUUCAUAAUAGCAAAAAUCAAAGGAGAUUAAAUGUGAUUCCUUAUUUCUUUUUCUUCAUCUCUCAAACUUUAAGGAAGCUUCUUAAGUCUUAGCUUAACCCAUGGUAUAACUAUUUAUUGUAUUGUGGGAGUCAGUAAAAGAACAAAUUGAAGAAUGCAUGAUUGAAGAAUGAGUGAAAUCAUUAACACACUAUGGACUUCCAGGAACUGAAUGCAUUUAACUUUAUUUUAGUGCAAAUGUAAUUAACUAUGUUUUACUAUUUGUUUAAAUUAUGUUUUACUUAUUCUAUUUAUUCUUAUUUUUAAAAUAACAUACAAAGUAACCUACCUCUAGCCUUUGCUUACAAAUUUAACUACUUAUGCUUUGAAAGAGCGAACUUUCUUUCUGGACUUGACUUUGCAGCCCUUCUCAUCCCAUCAUCUGACUAUCCUGAAGAAUGGUUUUUUAAAUCGGCAGUUUCUGGAUAGUUUCUGUCUGUGAGAUCUCCCAUGAGAUGCAAAGACCUGUGCAAAACAGUCCAGAUUUGGACACAUUUUUUGGUAAUGUUAGUUAGUUUUUUUUUUUUCUUUGCUAUCUUUGCUUUGCUUAACUUACUUUCUCCAUAGAAUAGUCCACAACAGAAAUUCAUAGGCUUCUUUUUGGAACAUGACUCUCCAACUUGAACUAUCAUGAAAAUCCUCAGGGAGCUUAUUAGAAAUACAUUCCUCAGCCAGAUGAGACAUACAUUCAAUCAUAAUCUCUAGGAUGGGUCUUGGGGAGCUAUAUCUUUAUCAAACUCUCCAGACGAUUCUAACGAUGAGUCAGGUUUAGAAACCAUAGUCCUAAAAGAACAACUUAGAUUAUUUUCUUUCAGAUGUGCUGUCUUGUACUUGUCCCUUUGGAGACUCAUCUACAAUUUUUUCUGCCACUCACCCUGCAUUGAGAGAACUUUUUGUGGUACAUUUCCUUUGUAAAUUUGUCACUGUGCAUUCUCUACCUUUUUUACAAAAGCAGUGCCUGGUGAAAGGAAAUCCUGCUGACAGACUUCUCUCCCUUGAGAGCUUGUCCUCUGGUGGCUAAAGUGAGUGCUCAGUAUUUAGAGACCCUGGAGAUUAUCUAAUACAAACUUCGACCUGAUGAAUCAACCGGACAGUGAGUGGGCCCAGUGUCAGCAUUCACACCUCCGAGACUUGGAAGCUAGUGCCUCCAAGGCACUUAUGAGCCCUGGGGUUAUUCAAAGACUUAAUUUUGAAUCUAAUAGGCAAGGUGUGCACUAAGAGAUUUUAAAAGUACAAGAGAAGAGCAAUCACAAGCCGUGAUGAUUCUGAGUUCACAGAAGCCCAAGGGAUUCUGACAUUUCUCCAAGGAGUUAGCCAGGAGAAACCCUAACCGGUUGAGCUGAGAUGGAGGAGAACAGUAAGAAGGCCCAGCGGGCUUUGCUCAACCAGGGAGAGGAGGAUGAACUGGAGGUGUUUGGUUACCGUGACCAGAAUGUACGGAAAGCCCUCUGCCUCGUCGCAUCCGUGCUGACCUGUGGGGGCCUUCUGCUGGUGUUCUACUGGAGACCCCAGUGGAGAGUGUGGGCCAGCUGCGUCCCAUGCCCCUUGCAAGAAGCAGACACUGUUUUGCUGAGGACAACAGACGAAUUUCAAAGAUAUAUGAGGAAGAAGGUAUUCUGCCUCUACCUAUCCACACUGAAGUUUCCUGUAAGCAAAAAGUGGAAAGAAUCCCUGGUGGCUGACCGCCACUCUGUCAUAAACCAAGCCUUACUAAAGCCAGAAUUAAAACUGCGAUGCAUCCAAGUGCAGAAAAUCAGGUAUGUUUGGAACAACCUGGAGAAGCGGUUUCAGAAAGUUGGGUUGCUAGAGGACAGCAACUCCUGCUUUGACAUCCAUCAGACAUUUGGAUUGGGUCUGACCAGUGAAGAGCAAGAAGUCAGAAGAUUAGUGUGUGGGCCCAACACCAUUGAGGUUGAAAUCCAACCCAUAUGGAGGCUGCUUGUCAAACAGGUUUUAAAUCCAUUCUAUGUGUUCCAAGCCUUCACUCUAACUUUGUGGCUGUCUCAAGGUUACAUAGAAUACUCUGUGGCCAUCAUCAUUUUGUCUGUUAUCUCCAUUGUCUUAAGUGUGUAUGAUUUGAGACAGCAAUCAGUUAAGCUGCAUCACCUCGUGGAAGACCACAACAAAGUCCAGGUUACAAUCAUCGUAAAAGACAAAGGUUUGGAGGAGCUGGAAUCCCGUCUCUUGGUUCCUGGAGACGUUCUUAUUCUUCCAGGAAAAUUUUCAUUGCCGUGUGAUGCUGUUUUGAUUGAUGGACACUGCGUGGUGAAUGAAGGCAUGCUCACAGGAGAAAGUAUACCUGUUACAAAGACACCAUUGCCCCAAAUGGAGAAUACUGUGCCUUGGAAAUGUCACAGCCUGGAGGAUUAUCGGAGACAUGUCCUCUUCUGUGGAACAGAAGUUAUCCAGGUCAAGUCCUCUGGGCAGGGACCUGUAAGAGCAGUCGUAUUGCAAACAGGUUACAAUACAGCCAAAGGGGACUUAGUGAGAUCCAUCCUCUACCCUCGGCCUUUGAACUUCAAACUAUACAGCGAUGCCUUCAAGUUCAUGGUGUUCCUGGCCUGCCUUGGUGUCAUGGGUUUUUUCUAUGCCCUAGGGGUAUAUACGUACCAUGGAAUCCCUCCAAAAGACACUGUGACCAUGGCCCUGAUUCUCCUUACCGUGACUGUCCCUCCAGUGCUGCCAGCUGCCCUGACCAUAGGCAUUGUGUAUGCUCAGAAGAGACUGAAGAAAGAGAAAAUCUUCUGUAUCUCCCCACAGAGAAUCAACAUGUGUGGGCAAAUAAACCUCGUGUGCUUUGACAAAACUGGCACUCUCACUGAAGAUGGGCUGGACCUCUGGGGGACUGUCCCUACUGCUGGCAACUGCUUCCAGGAAGCCCACAGCUUUGCCUUGGGCCAGUCUUUGCCAUGGGGCCCACUGUGUGCAUCCAUGGCCAGCUGCCACUCUCUGGUUCUCGUCGAUGGGACCAUCCAGGGAGACCCUCUGGACCUCAAAAUGUUUGAGGGCACUGCCUGGAAAAUGGAAGAUUGCAACAUAGACUCCUGCAAAUUUGGGAUGUCAAAUUCAAACAUCAUAAAACCAGGACCAAAAGCCAGUAAGAGUCUGAUAGAAGCCAUCACCACCUUGCGCCAGUUUCCAUUUUCCUCAAGCCUGCAGAGGAUGUCCGUGAUUGCUCAGCUAGCUGGAGAAGACCACUUCCACGUCUACAUGAAGGGUGCCCCAGAAAUGGUGGCCAGAUUCUGCAGAUCUGAAACAGUGCCCAAGAAUUUCCCACAGGAGCUGAGGAAUUACACAGUGCAAGGCUUCCGUGUCAUUGCUUUUGCCCACAAAGCCUUGAAGAUGGGAAACCUUUCAGAAGUGGAGCACCUAGCCAGAGAAAAAGUGGAGUCAGAGUUAACAUUUCUGGGACUUCUCAUCAUGGAGAAUCGCUUGAAAAAAGAAACCAAACCAGUCUUGAAGGAACUAAGCGAGGCCCAUAUCAGGACUGUGAUGAUUACAGGUGACAACCUAGAAACAGCCAUUACUGUGGCAAAGAAUUCUGAAAUGAUCCCUCAAGGCAGCCAAGUGAUCAUUGUUGAAGCCAAUGAGCCAGAAGAAUGUGUUCCUGCCUCUGUGACCUGGCAGCUGGUGGAGAACCAAGAGACGGGACCUGGGAAGAAAGAAACCUACAUUAACACUGGAAACAGUUCAAUGCCUGGUGGGGAAAGAGGAAGCUGCUACCAUUUUGCAAUGAGUGGGAAAUCAUACCAAGUGAUAUUUCAGCAUUUCAACAGCCUGCUUCCAAAAAUUCUGGUGAAUGGAACUGUUUUUGCAAGAAUGUCUCCUGGGCAGAAAUCAAGCCUUAUUGAAGAAUUUCAGAAAUUAAAUUAUUAUGUGGGCAUGUGUGGAGAUGGAGCUAAUGACUGUGGGGCUUUGAAAGUGGCUCAUGCAGGCAUUUCAUUGUCAGAGCACGAAGCAUCUGUGGCAUCCCCUUUUACUUCUAAAAUGGCCAACAUCAAGUGUGUGCCUCAUCUCAUCAGAGAAGGCCGAGCUGCUCUGGUUUCAUCCUUUGGGGUAUUCAAAUACUUGACCAUGUAUGGCAUAAUCCAGUUUAUCGGUACAUCCCUGCUCUAUUGGCAACUACAACUCUUUGGAAAUUACCAGUAUCUCAUGCAAGACGUAGCCAUUACUUUGAUGGUCUGUUUGACAAUGAGUUCAACCCAUGCCUACCCAAAGCUGGCUCCAUAUAGACCAGCAGGACAGCUCCUUUCUCCCCCUUUACUGCUGUCAGUAUUUUUGAAUUCCUGUUUCUCCUGCAUUGUGCAGAUCUGUGCAUUUCUCUAUGUGAAGCAGCAGCCUUGGUAUUGUGAGGUCUACCAAUACAGUGAGUGUUUUCUGGCCAACCAAAGUAAUUUUUCAACAAAUGUGAGUUUGGAAAGAAACUGGACUGGAAAUGCAACUCUGAUUCCUGGCUCAAUUUUAAGUUUUGAGAGUACCACACUGUGGCCGAUCACCACCAUCAACUGUAUCACAGUAGCAUUUAUCUUUUCUAAGGGAAAGCCAUUUCGAAAACCCAUCUAUACAAACUAUAUAUUUUCAUUUCUGCUGCUAGCUGCCUUGGGCCUCACAAUUUUCAUUCUGUUUUCUGACUUUCAAGUUAUAUACCAUGGAAUGGAGUUCAUCCCAACCAUAACAUCAUGGAGGGUUUUAAUUUUGAUGGUAGCCUUCACCCAAUUCUGUGUGGCUUUCUUUGUCGAGGAUGCCAUCCUUCAAAAUCGUGAGCUCUGGCUGUUGAUCAAAAAAAAAUUUGGAUUUUACUCUAAAAGUCAAUAUAGGACCUGGCAAAAAAAGCUGGCAGAAGAUUCAACCUGGCCUCCCACCAACAGGACAGAUUAUUCAGGUGAUGGCAAAAAUGGAUUCUACAUCAACAGAGGCUAUGAAAGCCAUGAAAAGAUUCCAGAAAGAAAACUCAAAUUGGGAGGCCAACCCACAGAACGGCAUUUUUGGACCAGGCUGUAAUCAGAAAUGUUGUCAUACAUGCCCAACAGCAUUGCCUUCUUUCCCCAAAAUUAACGCAUUGUGGAGAAGUGAUGAUAGUCUCCCCUUAUCUUUCCUCUCUCCAUUCAAGGACUCAAAACAUAUUUUCACUGCAUUAAACCUUGCAGCAAAGGACCAUAGAUAGGCUUAUUCUGCCUGUAUCCUUUAUCAGUGAGAGAAAUUCAUUUCCAGCAAUAUCAUUUCCAAUAAACUGUAUUCAUUUUG